AUGGACAAAGGAAGAAAGAGAGUGAUAAACCACAAAGAGAUGAAGUUUAAGACAAAAGGCAAUGCGUACCCAUUCCUAUCUUCUCCACCAUCAUCGUCUUCAUAUAAAGAUACUGAUUCUGUUUUAAAGCUACUCCCAGUGGCCAUCCUAGCCCUAGCCUUAUCUCUCCCAACCCAAGACCGUGAAGUUUUGGCCUACUUGAUAGCAAGGUCCCUUAUCUCCACCAGCACCACCAACUCUUUUUCUUCUCUCAAUGGUAACCACUAUCCCAAGAGCAAAUGCAAAACCACUACCUCCAACGGAAAGAACAAAACUGUUCAAAAGGUCCAUCUUUUCGAAUGUGGGUGUUUUGAUUGUUACACUAGUUUUUGGUAUAGAUGGGACUCCUCUCCCAACAGAGAGCUCAUUCACCAAGCUAUUGAAGCUUUUGAAGAGCAUUUGCUGCAAAAUGAGUCUCCAAGGAAACACACUAAAGGGAGAAAGAGAGGUAAAAAGGUGAUUAUGGCCAGUGUUGAAUCCAUUAUUUCGGUGAAUAAACCUGAGACGGAAGUCGAAAUAUCGGUGGGUGAAGAUGAAUGUGAGGUGGUGAUUGUGCAAGAGAACACUGAAGGAGGAGAUAUGGAGGAAAAUGGAGUUAUCUGUGAAGGAGAGAAGAUGGGUGAGAAUGAGAUGACAAGGAAUCUGGAAAUGGAGGUGGUGAGCGUACAAGCUUUGGAGGCUAACCACAAAGGUUUGGUCAGGAAGGGUUUGGGUGGUGUUGUAAUGUUCUGA